AACGAUCUCUUAUACUGCACACGCCCAGCCUCAGCACCAACAGCGCAUCCUCCUAGCGCACUUGCUUCUUGACAAGCUGAAGGCCAAGCCCACGACGUCCCCCGUAUUUUGGCCGCGUUCACCUGGCUUCAGCGGGCCGUUAUGUCUGUACAUGUUAAGCCAUGCCCGAUGCCAAGCCCCGCCUGAUUCCAUCUCCGCGGCCGCUUUUGCUGCUGCUCUUUACACACUCCUCCUUGCUCCUGGUUUCUUCUGAUGCGCCAGUGGGAGCCGUGGAUGAGGGCGGCGGCGGUGGCGGUGGCGGCCUCCCCCCCUCCUUGCCCGGGGACAAUGGCCAGAACGCCACCAACACGCCGAUGUUUCUCGGGACCCCCGCUCAAACCGAAGAGCCCCGGUUUGCCCUAAAGGUUCUGGUGAGAGACGCGGUGACCCGCCAGCUCUUGCCAGGAGCCUCGGUUGGGAUUUAUGUCAACCACAACUUGAGCAGCUCCACCUGGACAGGGGAGGAAGGUGAAGCUCUCCUAUGGGUGCCGUACAGCCCCGGGUUGAGUCUGACCCUGGUGGCCACCAUGGAAGGUUACAUCCCCAGCCCGCAGCCUUGGAUCACGAGCAGGAGACCCAUCUUCUCUGCUGUGACGUUGCUGCUGCUUCCUCAGAGGCAAGGCAACAUCUGGCUUUUUGAAGACACAGUGCUCAUCACAGCCAAGUUGCCUGACAGUGCCUCGCAACCAAAGAUACAGUUUGCCAAGAACCUGCUCACACUCCCCGACAAGAACAACAUGUCAUCGUUGACGGCUUACCUGACUGUGAUGCACUCGGGGAAGGAGUGCGUCAACUGCACAACGGGCAUCGUUGCCAACGCAUCAGUUUUUCGAAGCGUCGGCUUGAAGCCGGCGGCAGCGGUUAGUGUCCACCUCUACGCGGGAGACGAGGAGCUCCGGGUUCAAGGGCCCGUCCAGUUGAGCGUGCCUCUGGGGAGCGCCACCCGCCUCCGCGUCUCUGACACCAUGCCGGCUUGGGCCUUUAACCUCCAGACAGGUGCCUGGGAGAAUCGAGGUAUGGGAAUCGUGCGGGCGGUUGACCAGGAGCUACUUUGGACGUACACCGCUUCUCACCUGGGUUACUGGAUGGCUGCACCCUUUCCUUCCGAUGAUCAUGGAAGCUCCUUGGAGUUCUUUUCCUAUCAUCCGCUCCUAUCGGUGGGAAUACUGGCAGGAACUCUGGUGGUCGUGAUCGGAUUUCUGACUUUGCUCUUGUGUCAAUGCGGUUCCCAGCGAGAGCCCAGGGGGAGACGAGCCCGUUUCUCCAAACUGGCCGUGGUGAAAAAAGACCAAACCACCUCCAUGCACAUGGAGGAGGGUCUGCUCUUGCACUCGGGGGAGAACAUCCUGACUUCCCGCAACGUCCAGUGCGACAUCCUAUCCACCCCGAGGCACAAAGCCAACUACAACAUCUACGUGGAGGACCCGGCGGGUCAAGCCACGGCUCCUCUCUACGAGAAUUUAUCCGGCGAUCGUAUCAAAGUGCGCUCCCACUACAUCAACAACGAGGAGGUAUCUCGACUUAUGGAGCAGAUGGAGCAGAACCGCGGCAACAUCAACGUCGACGGAUUCUUCCCCGACAAACUGCUUCAUAUCUACAACCAUCCGGUGGCUAUCAUUCAGGCGCCGGAUAUUUUCGGCAACCAAGAAUCGCAGAAGUCCGCCACGUUCCCCCGCAACGGAAACGACCCGGAAGCGCCGAGUAAAGACAGCUACACGCAGACGCUGGGCAAAGUCCAAAGCGGCCAACAGCAAAGCAACCAAGAUGAGCCACAGCCUCUGGAAACUCCUCCCCCGAGCCAAGGGCCCGCCGCCAUGUGGGCCCGCUACAGUAACCUCCUGGAGUCGUCCGUAUCGGUGCCGGGCACGCUCAACGAGGCGGCCGGGAUGGAAGGCUUCGGCGGCGAGCUACAAGGGAUCUCGGAGCGCACGCUGCUGGAACUGACCCGGGGCAAGUCUUCGGGUUCCCACCCCCGGGCUUGGUUCGUCUCCCUGGACGGGAAACCGGCCGCUCAGGUUCGCCACUCCAUCAUCGAGCUGCAGAGCCGCCACCGCCCUCCCAGCAGCAACGACACCAGCCUGGACUCCGGCGUGGACAUGAACGAGCCUCAGCACAAUAUCCGGGAGGCGCGGCGGGAACGGACGUUCAUCCGGGGUUCCUCGCUCCCGCAGCGGGGCAGAAGUGGCAGAUACGGCGAAGAGCAAGAUCUGAGCAGCAGCGAGAGCGGCACCACGGCUACCGGUACUCCAGAGGACCACUCCCUCAGGAACAUCCUGGACGGAAGCAGCGGUACCAUUCCCAACAUCCCCGAGGAGCAAGACGGCAUGGACACGUCCAGCACUCAGGACGACAGUGAGCAAAGAGAGACCCCGCCUCCGCGACGCCUGAGGAAAGGCAAGGAGAAGAGCAAAUCGGAGAAGAGAAACACCAAGCACGUCCGGGAGGCCCGACCCGUGGCAAAGCGAAAAUAAAACCGGUGAAGAUAUUCUAAAGAUCACCAGCAAGAUUCCUCUAAUCCAAGCACUGAGGGUGCCUUCUUCACGCUGGUGAGUCUGCAGGACGGACACAAUGUAGUGCACUUAUCCUGGCCAUUGAAGCCCCGCCCACAGCAGCCACAUACUGCCCCGCCCCCUUCCCCGCCCAAAGAAUAUGUAACUGAGGUGGUUUUGUGUUCGUUAAAUUUGAAAACCUCAACUGCCAUUUUUAAAAGUGCAUGCAAAAUAGGUUCCCUUUAUUAUUGUGGAGCGAUACUUAGUUACGAUACGUAGUUUACCAGUGUAAGCGUUAUUCGUUUUUCCACCUCAUCACAGCAACGUGGUCUUUUCACGGUUUCACGUUUCUUGCUAAAAAUGACAUUCGGUGCCUUGGAGAAGCGCUUCUUUAUUUAUUGUGUAAAUAACCACACAUGCCAAAUCCAGAAAGAGCCGCAGCAAAUUUGAUGUUUUAAAGCUGAGCAGUUUUUGCCAAAUGUUGUCUUCCGUGAUGGAUUCAGGCUUGGUUUUUGGUUGCCAUUUUGUGUGUAAAUAGUUGGCUUCUGUUUUUGUGACUGUGAUGUUGCUGCUUGUGCAGUUUUCUUCUUCUACAAUGAAUUGAUUAUUAAAGAAAUGAGUAGAAAAUUCAUUUUUGUUCAUUUCAAAUGUAGCAAUGAGCACUUAAUGAGUCCGCAGGCUUGUAACAUUUUCUUCACGUUGUAUUUAAAUUUGCUGAAUGUAUUUGUAUCUCGUUGUCGGUCAUAUAUUUCUUUGCGACGAUUGUGUAUUUUUCUUUCGUGCUCUUAAUUAUUAAACACAUUUGCUUGACAUCUUUGGCUGAGUCGAUAUCGUAAAGACUUCCAAGAAUAAAUCUGUGAUAUUAAUCC